UCCGCGAAGCGCGAAUCUUUCUCAGGGUACAACCGUACAACGUACAGGGAAGAAGAAAGAAGUGAUCCGGAUUCCGGUUCCGUUUGGAUGUUAUAACGGAAAACGGUGGAUUUGACUAUUUCUGCAAUCAGUAUAGUAAAUCAAGAGAUUAAUAAUGGUUAAAACUAUUGAUGACAAACAAAGUUACAUCUGCUACCCUGGACAACGUCUUUGUGCCAUGACAGAGUACACAGUUGGUGGAGAAGGAACUUACGAAAAACUUGGUUAUCUUCAUGCAAGUUUAUCUGGUGUCGUUCGUAUACGUAAACAACAUAAGAAUAAUUAUAUAUCUGUGGCAUCUUUCGGAAGUAAAACAGUAGUACCAGUUGUAGGAGACGUUGUGACCGCGAAAGUUACUAUUAUUAAUCAACGAUUUGCGAAAUGCGUGAUAAUUUGUAUUGGUAAAACUUGUCUUAACAGACCUUAUAGAGGAAUUUUGCGUAAGGAAGAUGUUCGUGCUACAGAAAAAGACCGAGUGGAAAUGUAUAAAUGCUUCCGGCCUGGAGAUAUAAUUCUAGCACGAGUACUGCCACAAGUAGAACUGAACACCUAUUGUUUGACGACCGCCGAAAAUGAGCUGGGUGUUGCGGUUGCCAUGUCAAGCAGAUGUCCGGAACCUACACCGAUGGUUCCAGUUGGUUGGACCGAGAUGCAAUGUCCUGUAACACUUGUUAAAGAACUACGUAAGGUAGCAAAGAUCAUGCCUGAAACUGCACCUCCAAAUUACGACGGGAAAAUAUAAAACAAUGUUAUAUAUAUUGUACAGGUUAACUAAUACGUAUUAGAUAGAUACCUACUUGGCAAUAAUUCUUAAUUUUGAUCCUUUGCUAGGCGUUCUGGGAUUUCACUGUUAAACUUGCAUCACAGACAAACAGACAAGACACUCGCGUUAAUUCCAUCGUCCAUUCAAAAACCACUUAUUUUUCAAAAAAGCAUGUUUCGCAACAUGGCCACACCGCGGCGCUCGAGUAUUGCUUCGAGUUUUCAGUAUGAAACCAUACGAAUGUAAAAAACCUACAAUAUAAAACCCUGCAAAUGUAAAAAACCUCAAAAAACCUACAGUAUAAAACGGUGCAAAUGCAAGCUACUCCGCAACAUGCAUAACAGAGGGCGCUAGUGUGCAAGCAAAAUGUGUAGGACGAUGGUUUUUGAAGAAUUUUCUUCUAUGUGUCAUGUCAGUUCGUCAGUGCUUGCAUUGUUGCACUUUAACAUAAACAGCACUAUACAUUACUUAUUUUAACAUUAUCGAGUCUUAGUGUUGGGCACCGCUAAUUCGCUAAUCGAUACACUUUGCUCGAUAAUCGUGGAAAUUUCGCUAAUCAUUAAUCGUCACUGUUUAUUUUUAAACACAUCGCGACAACUUGUAUUGUAAUCUAUCACUGUACAAAUUAUUAUUAAUUUGUAUAUAUUACACGACUUUUCUUAAUCUAACUAAGAUCUAAUAGGUUUUGAUUUUAGUUAAAUCAAGGAUUAAGGAUAACGGAUAAAAUGCUUUAGAGUUUAUUAAUUUUAAUUUAAACAGCGGCACUUCAUUUGGAAUUAUGGACCAGCAACAAUUCGGCUAGUCUGAGUAUAAAUUAUAAAGUAUAACUUCUCUGUGGUAUAACUAGCGUUUCUCGAUUGGUCGGUUAGCGAAUUAGCGGUGCCCAAUACUGUUGAAUCUUAAAUGAGGGGGUUAAAAGGAAAGGGGUGUAAGUGACAAAAUUGAAAAAAUCGAGAUAAUGGAAGAAAACGAUACGCUGAGCAUGAUUUUAUGCAUGCUAGAAAAUUCACAUCAAAAUUUUGCCGUUUAAAGACUUUUUAAGAAUCAUGAAAUAAAUAAGCAAAAUAAAAGUUGGGUUUCACUUGGAAGGAAAGGGGUGUAAGUGCACAUUUCAGCUCAACUAACAAAACGGGUUGUCUCGAAUAUUUUUUAUUGGAAUGAAAUUCCAAAGUGCCAAGCAAGGAUUCAUUUACCAUGAAACGUAAUUAUUUUCGGCAAGAGUAACUUUUCAAAAGGGCGUAUUUAUUAAAUCAGAUUUUUUUCAAAAUAUCGCAUCUC